UAUUUAUGGUCAAAAAUGUUUUUUUUGAAAACUUCAGAAAUGUAAGUUUCUUUUGGCCGAAUUUGGAAGAAAGCCUCUUCAGAAGCAUGUCCUUGUCUGUUGUGCUUCCAUCGCUCGUGUGGUUUAUGCAUUUCAGCUUGGAUUAUUAUAGACAAAGGUAAUUUGGGUGGUAUUUCGCCCCUUUCGUGAGCUCAUGCUUCCUGUGUGAGAUCAUUGUGGCCAAAGUGACUUGAUUCUUCUGCUGUUGUGUCUCGUCCUUGGCAGUGGCUACUGUUGGGCUUUGUCACCUUUGUUUUGUUGAGCAGAAGGUCUCCUUACAGUAUAAACUGUGAUUUUGUAGUUACAUUGCUAUUUGUAGGUUUAAUGUCUAAUUAACCAUCUCGUGUUGUUGUUUCCCCUUUCCCCCUUUGGUGAUGUGACCGGACUUUGCAGGUAUUUAGUCCCUGUGAUGGGAUGUAAUGAGGAUGUAGUCUCCGGUACUUAAGUGAGGGGGUUAUUUAUAGCACAUGUUUGCACUGCGUAUCUGUGCAAGGGACGCUGCAGGAAACAAAAGCUGUGGACCAAAGGUGUGGCAGUCAGAAUAUACAUAGUCCUCUGUGGAUAGAUUUGCUUUAAAAAAAGUGGCCUAAAGUGAUUCUUAAAGUGCCUGUAUCAAGUCUGAAAUAACAAGAACAACACAGCAAUUUAGUACCACAUCAUGUGGUUCUCAUCUUCAAGAUUUCCAGGGCUUCCCUGGGGCUGCCGGCAGGGAGUGUCUUGCAGGGGUGCAGGAGGCUUUGGGGCUCCAGACAUCGUCUUCUCCCUCUUCAGCUCUGCGGACAGACAGAGACCGGUCUAAGUGUUGCUAUUGAUUUAAUUAAACAUUUCAGUUUCUGGCUGAAAGAUAAAGGAUUUACAGAUAAUGCAACAGUGCUGUCACAAAUAGGUAUGCUUUAUUCUAAAAGUUCUGCGUAACUCAGAUAGAACUCUUCUGAGCUCUCCCAGUUAAAAACAGUGGUUUAAAAAAAACAAAACAGCAGCAGUUACAAACUAAGAUAGCUCUUCGUUUUCUAGAAACAAAUCACUUGAGAUUUCCUUUCCAACAAUACUUCUGAAGCACAGAUAAAAUGGCUUCCUGUCCCAGGGUUUCCUGUAUCCAUGGCAACCUGACUUUAACCACUUCUUUCUUAGUUUCCUGAGCAAACAGUUGCAAAUCCUGGGGCAAAAUGUGAGCGCUUUAGUACACGGCAAUACCACUUUUACAAAGGUUUCACGGAUGGGUGUAGUCGGUCAGCUUGUAACUUAGUCCACUGAACAGCAAAACCAGCAAAAUAACAGAAAUAAUGAACUUCAGAUUUGGGCAAAGUCAGAGAUGAGUGAGAAGGCCAAAGACAGGGAUAUGUGUGGUCUGCAAAGUUCUCCACCCUGCUUGGGAGCAUUCCUGUAUAUCCUUAAUUGUUUUCUUUUGUUGCUGCUCCAGAACGAGGCUCUUGGCUGUCCAGCUGCUUGCCAGGUCUGCACUGGGAGACAAGUUAGCUGUCGAAAUUUAGGGCUUUCAAGCAUCCCACAGAACUUUCCAAAAACCACAAUUCUUGUGUACCUCAGUGGGAACAAUAUAUCGCGUGUAACUCCAAAUGAACUAAGAGGCCUUCAGAAGCUUGCUGCACUCUACAUGGAUAACUCCAGUAUUUCAUAUGUACACCCAAAAGCUUUUGUGGAACUCCCCAAACUGUGCUACUUGCAUCUAAAUAACAAUAAUAUUAAACGCCUGGAUCCAGGAAUCUUUGAAGGUCUUUCCAAUCUUCAUUGUUUGUACCUUCAGAAUAAUCAAAUAGCUUUUGUUCCCAGAGGAUUAUUUAGUGAUCUCCUUUCUGUUAGAUAUUUAACACUCCAAAGAAAUCGUCUCAGUGUCCUUGGAAGUGGGACCUUCUUGGGAAUGAUAAGUCUCCAAACUCUUAACCUAGCCAAUAAUAAGAUUUCACGGAUAUCAGAUUCAGCAUUUCAUCAUCUUGAAAACCUUGCGUAUUUGUUCCUUGAAGGUAACAACUUAACUUCUGUACCAUCGAAUGCUAUUGGAAGGCUCAAAAAUCUUGAAAGACUUUCUUUGUCUCACAAUCCCAUUGGAUCAAUACAUCCUUUUGCAUUUAAAGGACUUGACAAGCUUAGAUACCUGUCUUUAAAAAACGUAAAGCUAAAAUGUAUUGCUGUAAAUGGAUUUUUUGGAUUAAACAGCCUUAGCCAAUUAAUCUUAAGUUAUAAUGAUUUAGAAAAUAUAAAUUCCAGCACAUUUCCUUUAUUGAACAAUUUAAUGUAUCUGCAGCUAGACAGAAAUAAAAUAACCAGUAUUGGCAAUGGUACCUUUGAAAAAAUGGGACAGUCACUUAAAAUACUCAGUUUAGCAUUUAAUAAUAUUACUGAGUUACAACCUGAAGUGCUCAAGCCCUUAGUGUCUUUAACUCAUCUACAGGUAAAUUAUAAUCCUUGGAAUUGCAGCUGCAAAAUGCUUGGAUUACUUAAUUGGCUAGCAUCAUCUCCUGUUUCUGUAAAAAUUCAUUGUCAGAGUCCCCUGAGUAUGCGUGGUAGACCUUUGCAUUACAUUAAGUUUGCAAACUGCAGUAGCCCUACUGCCAGCCCGGAAACAACCUGGAGUCUGGGAUCCGUAGGUGUCCAUCACAGCGCUACCACUUUGCUGAUGGCGUGGCAUAAGGGAAGCAGGCACAAUGCAUUUGAACAGUUUGUUAAUACAGGAACUAAGUAUGUUGCUUUCUGGGAAGAAACUACAGCCACAUCUGCUAACCCGUUGCCCUAUGAAGAAAAUGUUGCUGAAAUUCCAUCCCGGGCAACUACAGUAUUAUCAAAACUAAUGGUGCCAAUACCAGCGCAGAUUAUACCUGUUAACAGAACUGUAGAAGAAAAAGGUUUCUUUCCGACAGAUGCUGCUCCUGUAUCAUUAAAAACUUCCCUACUUUGUACACAGCAGAUUAAAAAACUGAAUCAAGCUUUUGACAUUUUACUAGGCUUUUUUAUUCUGGCUUGUGCUGUGAUCCUGUUCUUAACCUGUAAAAUUAUUCAGUUCAGGCAGAAACUAAAGGUGCUGGAAAAUUCAGGGGAAAAGAGAAUAGAAUACUAUGGUUUUUAUCAGCCUGGCAGAUACAACAUAACUGACCCAGUGCAGUCUUUAACUCGGAAUUCAGUGGGGCAUUCGGAAAUGGACCAAAUUAGGCUGCUCAAGCGAACAGCAUCUGAAAGUCAAGCACAGGUCAUAUUGUUUGAACAUUCAUCAUUGUAAUUUAUCUCAUUUGAUUUGAGGUUAGCUUUAUUGUGAUCUGAAAUGUCAAGAAAUGAAGAACUCAAUUUUCUUCACUGGUUAAAAUCAACUGGUUGAUAGACUUGUGGAAAAUGCUAUAAUUUGCUUUCUGAAUCAUCAUUUGCUUUCUGAAUGUUUUGAAAUUUAUUCAUUUUUAAUAGAUGUCAUUUAAAUCUGACAUGGAUAGGUAUGUUACCCUCUGACCCUGUUGCAGGAAUAACUCAAGUAUAUGUGCAGUAUAAUGUAUAUAUAUAUUUAAUUUAUUUUGCAGUACUUAAUGGUGUAAGUUUCUAUAGAAAUUCCAUAGCUAACUGUAAGCUUGAAGCAAGCAAAACAUCAGUUUUUAGCAGGAUCAUGAAGCCAAGAAAUCGGGAGAAUGAGAAAAAAAAAGCAAUGCUUCAUUUAUUUAUUGUAAUGCAGUUUCUGUUCCGCCUCUAUUAAUGGUCACAGUGGGGAAAAAAGUGAGCAUAUUUACAUCUGGCAUGUUUGACCUCUCAAGGAAAAGAAAAAUUUAAAACUAUACAAAUCUUAUUCAUACUGAUGACAUUUUAAUAUACAAAGUUGUGUAUUCAGUCUGUAUAAUGAAUAUAUUAAAAAUAAUUUUUUGUUAGCGUG